AUGCUAUAUAUCCUUAUUUAAAAAGCUCUACUACCAAGAAUAUGUGACAGAUAUUUAUUCCGUAAAAUAUAAAAGAAAUAAAAAAUAACAUUAACGCAAGCCUCUACAACUAUUUUUUUCUUUUGCAAAGUAAUCAGAAUUUAAAGUUUAUCACUAAGAGGAUCUACUUAUUAUUUAAGGAAGUCAAAGCCUCACUAAAAAUAUAAAGGCAUAAAAAGAUAUUUCGUCUUUUUAAAUAGACACUAAUAAUUAAAAAUUCAACCUUUUCAAUAAAAAUACCACUUAUUGUAUUUCAUAAAUUGUAUUAUUGCAAUAUGGUGUAACACUAAACUGAUUAAUUUAUAAUGCUAACAAAAUGAGAAAUAUUGA